AUGGUCGCUGGGAUGACAGAUGUGGUUGAGGCGAAUGUUGAGUCAAGCUUGGCGCCCCAGAUUACGCCGGCUGCGAUACCCACUGAACUUGUUACUUCUAUCCGGCCCGCCACAGCCCCCUGGGCAUAUCUGAUUUGUGGUGUGAUAGCAGCGUGUUGUGAUGCCUUGGAGAGAUAUUGCACCGGAAAGCAGGCUGGCUUCACAGCAUGCUUAGUGCUGAUCAAGCUGGAACAGCCCAACACUGCACCUCGCUGGGUUCCUCCUGCUGGUACGCAUGAUGGAGCUGCUGAUGCCCUGCGAGCCGACAGGCCAGGUGCUCUCGAAGAGCUGCUUACACAAGCGCAAGCAGCUGCCAAUGUCGGCGCAUUCUCAACGCAGCCUGCCGGCCUCCAAGCUAGACCACAAACAAGAGCUCCAUUGUCUACGGACGACAAGUGGUUGGAGGGGCAUCGCUUACCGCGGUUCUCGUCUGAAGUGCAGCCACUGCUGCUGGGAUAUCCCCUGACCAGGGAGGAGCACCACAAGCUGGCAAAGCAGUUUCGCCGGGAGAUCAUCGACUUCCUGAACGAAAACAACUUAAUAAAAGACACGAGCAGUGGUGGCCGCCGUUGGAAGUACCACUACCUGGGCCUAUCACUCGCAGCCCAGUUUCCUAACCUUCAUUGGGAUUUCAGAGGAAGCAGAGCAUCUCACAGUGACCACUCAAAGGCCAAGGCGAUGUUUCUCUCCAAGCUCGCUGAGGCACGUCGUCAUCAGCAUGCCAGAGCAAAGUCGCGAGAAAUAACAGGGCAGAUGGAGCCCUCCUCCUGAAACAAGUGAACCUUGUUAUUUGAACUGCAUGAAAGUACUCGGCAGGAUUAUUUUGGCGUAUAACCUUGGGAAACUGUUCAUUAAGCAGACAGAGACCACAUGGAGUGAGCAAGCAACAGCAGUGAUGGAAACUAUGCUCAAGAAAGAACUGCAUGGCAUGAACAAGGAGUGACCAAGAUGCUGUCAAGUUAUGUUUUCUAUGUGAAAUUUUACAAAUAUGAAAUGGCAGUAGUAUUAUAAACAAAUGUUUUGCAUGGUU